UUGCAUUUCCUAAUUUUCUCAAAUGUAUCUCGACACCUACUGCAUUUCUGUAUUUGACUGUUUUUCUCUCCGUCCCUUCUCAACCUUAAAUGCUGAGAAACGGUUAGGAAAUUUUCAGAUUUACACACAACAUUCCUCUUAAUUUAUUCUCAAUGCUUGAAGGGUGCAGCUUGCGCUUGUGGUGAUUAAGAUAAUCACCUUCCAGUUGGGGGAAUGGAAAUUAGCUGUUCAGUGACUACAACACUCUACUUGGAAGAUGAUGGCAUGACAACAGCAGUAGAAUCUGAUGGUGUCCAGGCAUAGAAGAACAAGCCCAUAACAAGAAUGAUUGCUCCUGCAACAAAGCCUGGUGGAAGGGAGGAUGCGACUCCAAGGUAUGGUAGUGGCAUUGUGAACAGAUACACUGAUAUUGGCACUGUCACAAUAGAUCCAGAGACAACUUUUUAGUUUUGAUUAAUAUGCAGAAUACAAACCAAAAAGAAAAAACAAUAUGGCAUGAACAUGGUGCCGAUCAAAAAAAACAAAAACAUGGCAUGAACAUGGGUUCUUUUGUGCAAGGACCCAUGAAGUUGUUAUCACAAGAACAGCACAAUCAGAUGAGUGGUCGUACCUUCUUCACCCUGUUAGACUGGUUAGACUAGUCAAAAGAAAAUAGUUUCUAAAGAAUAACUCUGUAUUUAGAAC